GGAGCUUUCGUGGUUCGGUGAAAGGUUUUUAAUAUUAAUAAAAUCGUACAAUACACCUCGAACUCAAACGAACAGUAUUUCGGGAUUACUUGGAUUAUAUUUUCUUUGGAAGAAAUGGUAGAACGAAGAUCGCUAUAAGUUGUUGAGAGAGACAGAGAGAGAGUAAGGAGUAACACUAAAGCUAUUUUGUAGGGUUGACCGUAAUUUUUUCUGUAUACCUGAAAACGCAUUGUCAUAAAUACAUACAUAUAUAAUAUGUAACCUACGCCUCUCCCUCUCUCAACUAAAUAGAAACUAAAUUUUACCUGCCUGAUACUUAUGAAAAAGCAUAAAAGCCGAGUUACCUUCGCUUUAUGGUCAUACACAUACGUGCAUUACUGAUAACAAAAACUCUAAGAGCUACAAAAAUUUAUUUUAGAAAACACCGUAUUUAAAAAAAAAUUUGAUGGGUCAAGUAUUCCGUAAAAUUUCUAACAAUCUACUACCAAGCAGUUUGUUCACCGCCUGCCUUAAACGUAAACGCAAUCUACAAAACAAAGACAAUGCAUCCAAAAGGCAACGUAUUUGCUACGAGAGACCUCUAAAUUCGAUGUAUGUAACACAUUCACACGUGAGAAAUAUCCUACCCGAAAUAAUAAGACCUUCAAAACAUAUAUUUGAUAAUACAAAAGCUGACACCGAAGGAGAAAUUUCACACAAAAUACGCACCGAAAUCAUAACUGUAUUCAAGAAAGAACCAGAAGACGCUGCAGUACGAAUAACACCAACAAUUGAGAACCACCAGAUAAAACAAGAAAUCACAGCGCAAACACCGACCGACGAUCAGGUAAUGGAAAAAGCAACUAAUAUUGAAGGUCAAUUAAUCAAAGAAGAACCAACUGAACAUGGCAACGAGAGUGACAGAGAACAAGUCUCCGACAAGUGCUCCACUGAAAUAACUGGCGAUUUCAGCAGCUCGAAUAUAACUGAGCAAGAAACAGAUGAGGACUCACAAAUGAUAAAACUAGGACCGAAUGGUACAGCAAUACCGAAAGCGAAGUACGACAAGAUUCGUUGGACUAGCAGUUCGUUUGCAACAAGAAAACUGCUUAUGUGCGUAUUUGGCGCUGAAACGCUUGCCACGCACUCCUUCAGCGGCAGGAUUGCGCCAUUGUACUAUAAGCUUAAACAUACCAAAAAGCCCAGAUUGGAUCCAGACAAGGUAGCUGAUAUAAUUUAUUGUAUACAAAAACGAUUUCAAUGUUCAGAGAAAACAAUUCGAGCUGCGAUCAGCUCAAAAUGCGGAGACGAAGCGAAACUACAGCAACGAAAAAAUGUAUAAAUUUGAGAGAUGCUUUUGCCUCUAUCUAGCUUUUGCAAAUUUUGAGAGAGAAAAAUAUACAUAAAAUUUGACGAAUCUUAUUUUUGUUGUUUUGUGUUUAAUUUCAUAAAGUAUAGGGAGGGUUCGCGGAGGCUCGCUAAGUGGUUAUACUUCUUUGAAAUAUAGGAUAGUACUUUCUUGAAUUCCGGGAGGAGCGUACAGGUUUUUAAGAGAGAUGGAAAAGAAAUUAAUUUGAAAUGGAAUUAACGCUACUACUUUCUAUUUUACUAUAGAGAACGUUCUCUUUGUCUAUUUUUUGUUUUUUUUUUUGUAAACGAGGUGGUAAAGUGUAAUCAGCUCGCAUAAAAUUUCUCGGCACAAAUCAUUCGUUUGCGGUUCUAUCUACCGCUAUAUUUUUAGGCGUCACCUCAUAACAUAUAAAAAACCCAUUUCUAGAAACUAUCAAUACAUAAACUAUAAUAAUUAAAAAAUUGUCUAAAAAGAUAAUUAUAUUUGAUAUAACCAUAGAUCCAAAACUUAUCAAAUUCGCUGAAAUAAUUUCACUAAAAUUUCAUUUUAGCCUCAGUGUUCUCAUAGGAAAUAAAUAACCGCUAGAUGACGCAGGAGAUUAUUCUAAAAUAUUGGCUCUAUUGAAUUUCGAGUUGAAAGUUAAGUCAGACAGUCUUAAAUAACACUUACACUAAGUUACAAUUGGACACUUUUUAUAACCGAGCACGAACUAAAGCAAGUGUUACACAUUAGUUAUUUUGUUAUCUAUUAAAAAAUUCAGACAAAACUAGAUCUUACAAUGUAUUAUGUCAACUACACCUGUGAUCUUCCAUUGACAACCUGUGCUCUUCCAUUUUUUAAAUACUAUUUUUUCCUUCGACGGUUUGUGUUUACUCUCGCUUCGAAAUACAUUUGC